CAUUUAAUUAAUAUCGUAUAUUUUACAAAAAGACGAAGCAGCCAGGAUUAUUAUAUGUCUAGGAAGCGUGUGUGUUUUACAAUCGCCUCGAAGAAUGCAUAUAUCGGUUAUUUUGUCAUGUACACUCCUGUGAUUGGCGUGCGUACGCAGGGAUAACGGUCCAGGGAAAUGGGUUGUGUUUUUGACAGCUAAAGUGCGAACGUAAACAGCGAGGCCAAUGCCAGGCGUAUUGCGAUGGUCGAAAACUGCUUUGGCAGUUCUGGUCAGCCACUUGCAGUACCAGGAAGGGUUCUGGUGGGAGAAGGUGUCCUGACAAAAAUGUGCAGGAAGAAGCCAAAACCAAGACAGUUCUUCUUGUUUAAUGACAUAUUGGUUUAUGGGAAUAUCGUGAUAAAUAAGAAAAAGUACAACAAGCAACAUAUAAUACCAUUAGAAGAGGUAAAAUUAGAAUCUUUAGCUGAUGAAGGUCAAUAUCGUAAUGGAUGGCUCAUUAAGACAGUAACAAAGUCGUUUGCUGUUUAUGCUGCUACCGCAACAGAGAAACAAGAAUGGAUGGCACAUAUCACAAAAUGCAUUGAAGAUUUAUUACGAAAAAGUGGCAAGAAACCUGUUGAAAUUCAUGCAGCAGUUUGGGUACCAGAUAAUGAAGCUACAAUUUGCAUGCACUGUAAUAAAACACAAUUUACAGUAUUAAACAGACGGCAUCACUGUAGGCAAUGUGGUGCAGUGGUCUGCGGACCUUGCAGUAAUAAAAAGUUAUUGCUACCUGGACAAGGAAAUGGGAAAGCCGUCAGGGUCUGCCUACAAUGCUACGACGCUGCUAGUAAAGUCAAAGCUUCGCCCACAACCGCUAUGGAUGGUUUAAAUAACAAAGAUCCACAACGUAAUUCUGCCGACAGUUCAGGAGGAGACAGCUCCGGAGACGACGACGAGGGAAAUAAAGAAGAGAAUCAUGAUGAGCCUAAAUUUUACUCUACGCUCGGCCGAUGAAGACGAUUAUAAGUUGCAUUAAACAAUAAGAUACAAACAUUUCACGACAAAAUAUUUCUUUUGAAAAUCCGUAAUAUACAGCUAUUAAAAAUAGAAAAAUUUGCAAAAGUAAUCUUUGAAAUGUUAUGGGACGAUAUGAAGAAUUGAAAAAAAGAUAAUUAUGUACAAAUAUGAUUUAUGCUAAAGAUCGCAGCGUGUUCAUCUCUAGACUCUUUUGUCUAAUUUGUAUUAUGAACUUCUACAGCUUUUGUUAAUAACAAAUACUACAAGUGACUAAGAGGAAUCAAACAAGAGAAAAUGUCAAGUAUGUGCAGAUAAUUGUGAAAUUAUUAGGAGAAUUCUGAUGUUUCUUCUAAAGUAUUAAUGAACCAGAGCAUUGGGGUCAUCAACAGAAGUUUAUAAUUGCUAAUAUGAUUACAUUAAUCGAA